CCUGCUGCAUCCCAAAAGAAACGGCACAUAACAUUCGUUGUUUUCAAAGUGAUGCUUAUAUUUUAAUGUUGAACUAAUGGUACAAAUAAUUCAAAAUUGAUUUUUAUUCUAGGCAUUGGGCUGAAAUCGCAGUUUAACCGAGAAGUGAAUCGGUUUUGAACAGUAAUAAUUUGCUGGCUCCAUCACAGUUGUACACUCUAAACCCAACGUAGGCAGACUGCUGCUUGCGGUCAACAAACAUGCCUCUUGGUUUAAAGCCAUGUUGUGCUGUCUGCAAGACAAACUCUUCUUCCAUGUGGAAAAAGGGAAACCAGGGGGAAAUUUUGUGUAACAACUGCACGGGUAAAAGUAUAGCCAUUGUAGGUUCCGGAACAACCGCUUCAUCCACCAUCCAGCAGAAUAAUGGCGGAGGAAAACAGUUCAAACAGGAGAUACACAGACGCUCAGCUCGGUUACGGAGCACCAAGUACAAAGCGCCAGCAUCUGAGAAAAAAGUUUCAACCAAAGGAAAGGGUAGACGACACAUUUUCAAAUUGAAAAAUCCAAUCAAAGCACCAGAGUCUGUGUCGACAAUCAUUACAUCUGAGUCCAUGUUUUACAAGGGUGUCUACUAUCAGAUAGGUGAUGUCAUUAAAGUAAUAGACGAGGAGGAUGGGAAACCAUAUUAUGCACAGAUUCGUGGUUUCAUCCAGGACCAGUACUGUGAGAAGAGUGCUGCAUUAACUUGGCUGAUCCCAACUCAGGCCAGUCCACGAGAUCGGUUUGAUCCAGGCACUUACAUUGUUGGCCCAGAAGAGGACUUGCCAAGAAAAAUGGAAUACCUGGAGUUUGUCUGUCAUGCCCCAUCAGAGUAUUUUAAAUCAAGGAGUUGCCCUUUCCCAACAAUACCAGUUCGUCCUGAAAAAGGCUACAUCUGGACUUAUUUAGGACCAACACCUGCUGUUGCCAUCAAAGAAUCUGUAGGGUGAAGUUAACCCUUAAAAUGACUAUAAGACUUUUUAAGAAAUUACAAGGGAUUUUUUUUUUUUUUAGGAAAAGAAAAGAAGACAAUUGAAUGAAAUUUCAAAUAUUGAACUGACAUAUGACAGCAAUUAUGCUUGGACCAGGAUAUAUAUAUAUAUAUAUAUAUAUAUAUAUAUAUAUAUAUAUAUAUACAGUGCAUCCAGAAAGUAUUCACAGUGCUUCACUUUUUCCACAUUUUGUUAUGUUACAGCCUUAACCUAAAAUUUAUUAAAUUCAUUAUUUUCCUCAAAAUUCUACAAACAAUACCCCAUAAUGACAACGUGAAAGAAGUUUGUUUGAAAUCUUUGCAAAUUUAUUAAAAAUAAAAACAAUACAAAAAUCACAUGUACAUAAGUAUUCACUUCCUUUGCCAUGACACUCAAAAUUGAGCUCCGAUACAUCCUGCUUCCACUGAUCAUCCUUGAGAUGUUUCUACAACUUGAUUGGAGUCCACCUGUGGUAAAUACAGUUGAUUAUACAUGAUUUGGAAAGGUACACACUUUUCUAUAUAAGGUCCCACAGUUAACAGUGCAUGUUAGAGCACAAACCAAGCCAUGAAAUCCAAGGAAUUGUCUAGACCUCCGAGACAGGAUUGUAUCGAGGCACAGAUCUGGGGAAGAGUACAGAAAAUGUUCUGCAGCAUUGAAGGUCCCAAUGAGCACAGUGGCCUCCAUCAUCCAUAAAUGGAAAAAGUUUGGAACCACCAGGACUCUUCCUAGAGCUGGCCGCCCGGUCAAACUGAGCAAUAGGGGGAGAAGGGCCUUAGGUAGGGAGGUGACCAAGAACCCGAUGGUCACUCUGACAGAGCUCCAGCAUUUCUCUGAGGAGAGAGGAGAACCUUUCAGAAGAACAACCAUCUCUGUAGCACUCCACCAGUCAGGCCUGUACGGUAGAGUGGCCAGACGGAAGCCACUCCUCAGUAAAAGGUACAUGACAGCCCGCCUGGAGUUUGCCAAAAGGCACCUUAAGGACUCUCAACAAAAUUCUCUGGUCUGAUGAAACAAAGUUUGAACACUUUGCCCUGAAUGGCAAGCGUCAUGUCUGGAGGAAACCAGGCACUGCUCAUUACCAGGCCAAUACCAUCCCUACAGUGAAGCAUGAUGGUGGCAGCAUCAUGCUGUGGGGAUGUAUUUCAGAGGCAGGAACUGGGAGACUAGUCAGGAUCGAGGGAAAGAUGAAUGCAGCAAUGUACAGAGACAUCAUUGAUGGAAACCUGCUCCAGAGUGCUCUGGACCUCAGACUGGGGCAAAGGUUCAUCUUCUAACAAGACAACGACCCUUAGCACACAGCCAAGAUAACAAAGGAGUGGCUAUGGGACAACUCUGUGAAUGUCCUUGAGUGGCCCAGCCAGAGCCCAGACUUGAACCCGAUUGAACAUCUCUGGAGAGAUCUGAAAAUGGCUGUGUACCGACGCCCCCCAUCCAAACUGAUGGAGCUUGAGAGGUCCUGCAAAGAAGAAUAUGAGGAACUGCCCAAAAAUAGGUGUGCCAAGCUUGUAGCAUCAUACAAAAAAAGACUUGAGGCUGUAAUUGGUGCCAAAGGUGCUUCAACAAAGUAUUGAGCAAAGGCUGUGAAUACUUAUGAACGUGUGUGUGUGUGUGUGUGUGUGUGUGUGUGUGUGUGU